ACCAAAUGUAAAAUGAGUACUAUUAAUAAGUAUAUGAGCUAAUAAUGAGGAAGUUAAAGAUUAUGAUGCCAAGUCUGCAAGAAAAAAAGGAUUAACAAACAAAAUAGAUAUUUUUUUUUUUUACAAAGCCAAAAAGGAGAAGUAGACCCCACAUGCAAUAAAGGGCAAAAGUACCAUCAUCAUCGUCAUCAUCUCCAUCAUCACCAUUCCCAAAUUGUAAAACCUUUUUGCUCCCUCCUCAGCUCUUACUUUGUACUUCUUCUGAUAAAUUCCCUCAAAUUGAGUAGUUUCCUAGCUCCAUUUCCUCCAUUUCUUCUUCCCAUAUACUUUGACUUUCUUCACUCUGGCUUUGACCGUGUUGGAAGCUUCUGAAAAGCUUCAAAAAUUCCUGGGAAAAAAGUUGUGAAGGAGACGUUUAGUAAGUAGUAAUCGGAAUAAUGGGGUUGAGCCCGAAUGAGACCGAAAUAAAGUCAUCAACUGAAACUGGGAGGAGGGACCGCGUGGCUUGUGAUUUCUGUAAUGACCAAAUUGCCGUCUUGUACUGCCGAGCUGACUCCGCGAAGCUCUGUUUGCUCUGUGACCGCCACGUCCACUCUGCCAACGCCCUUUCCCGGAAGCAUCUCCGGUCUCAGAUCUGUGACAACUGCGCCGCCGAGCCUGUCGCCGUCCGGUGCACUACCGACAAUUUAGUUCUGUGCCAGGACUGUGAUUUUGAUGCGCAUGGUUCUUCUGUUUCCGUCCAACAUGAUCGGACUCCGGUGGAGGGAUUCUCCGGCUGCCCUUCUGCUUUGGACCUAGCUUCCGAUUGGGGUCUGGAAAUCGAUCAGGAGAAGAAACAGCAGCAACAUCAACCCGGGCCCCAUUUCCAGCUCCAUGACUCUAAUUGGGGUUCCUCUGCUGAUUCUGGUGCUCCCUUCUUUCGUAUGGAUUUUCUUCGGGACUUGAUGGUCCCCACCGGUCACCAUAAUCUUCCUCAUCAUCCUGCUACUGCUGCUGCUGAUGGGUUUAUUUACCCCGGUACCGGAGAUGGUGGUAGGCCCCACGGGGACGACGAUGCUUUCAUGAAGAAGCGUAGUAAUCAGGAUAUUAUUAUUACUCCCAGCUGCGGGAAGCAGAGGCAGCUCAUCUUGAAGCAGUUGAUUGGGUUGCUAGAGAAUGAUGUGGUGGAUGGCGGCGGCGGCGGCGGUGGCGGCGGCGGCGGAGGGGAUGAUUUGGGUCCCGAUACCCCGAAUGCGAGUGGUGGUGGUUGCGGGGUUUGGCACCGAAAUGAGGACGUUGGUGCAGGAGGAGGAGGAGGAGGAUUAUUGGGAAAUGAGGAAGUUUCAGACAUUGUCAAUCAGCAGUUUCAGCCGCCACAGCCGCCGGAGAAUGCACCAUUUAUGUCGUUGCUGAUGAUGCAGAACCCCAAGGAUUCGAAUGAUCGGUUUUUUCAAAGCGGCAACAUGUGGAACAGUAGCAGCGCUUGCGAUCAAUCAUCCACUCAGCAGAUUUGGGAUUUCAACUUAGGACAGCUAAGAGACAACGAUGACUCUAAUGCAUUGGAAGCGGGCUACAGCGCUAACGAAGUGGGAUAUAUGAUGAAAAGUUAUGGAGAACUCCUAAAAGAAGCAUCCUUGGGAACCACAGGUGGAUUAGAACUAUCUACAUUGAACUGCUCUAUUACACGCGAGGACAUGGCAGCAUUCAACAACUCACACAAUCCUGCCUCAAGCCAGGGACCAGCAACAUCAGAGAGCAACAAUCUAACUGUAGGGAGGGGAACAUCAGGAUCUGGUUCCAACUUGGGCAAGCGAAAAUGCUUUGGAAAUCCAAAAGAUUUCCACCUUAUAGAUCAAACCAUCCUUGUUCAAAGUAACCGCACUGCUGCAGCCAUGAACAGCGCUGAUAUGGAGCUCUUGGCUAAGAACCGAGGUAAUGCCAUGCAGCGAUACAAGGAGAAAAAGAAAACAAGAAGAUAUGAUAAGCACAUUCGUUACGAGUCAAGAAAAGCGAGGGCUGAUACUAGGAAGCGAGUGAAAGGACGAUUUGUCAAGGCCAGUGAAGCUCCUGAUGGAUGAUGAGAGGGGUGAGUUGCUGAGGUGGAUGAACCAUUCCCCUAUUUUGUGUAUAUGUUAGGUGUUUUUGCUAUGAAGAUGUUGUAUAAAUUUCGUGUAGCCAGUCUAUCUUGCUUUAGCCAAUGAUUAUUUGAUUUCAUUACAGAUAUCUUUUGCUAUUGCUCUGUGUUUGUGUGUGUUUUGAGAUAAAUUUAUUGUACAUAUUUUUUGUAUUAUCUCACAAAUAUCAUUCAUUCCUUCUCAUUUUAAAUGUUUAACCGUUUAACAAAAUAAACUAUUAAUAUAAAAAAUAAGAUGAAAAAAGUAACAAAAACCGUGGGUUUGGUUUGGGGUAUGGACAAAACUCCAAAAAAUCUCCAAAAAUCUGAUACGAAUUUGAAUCAAAAGGAAAAUUUCAGGAUUGAGGGAACCAAGGAAGAUGGAUUGUGGAGGGCCCCUAAUAGACAAAAAGACAGAAUAUGAUGGAGUGCCUCUAAAUGUUCAUAAAGUACAAAAAAAAUCUUUAACGGUCAAUUUUUCUGUUUGACUUGGCGGAAACCAGGCCCGAGGAAAAGUGAUUAUGUUGGGCCAUACCACUCAGAAGAUACUCUUAUUCUUUGGAACAAAGGCCCAUUUCUGUUUUCGGCCAUUUCAAUUGCAUCAAUCGUAUGUCCUACGAUUGAUGUAGGACAUUUCAAUUGUAUGUUUUCGGCCAUUUCAAUUCCAAAAUUAGGUCUAUCAUGUAAUCCGAGGUUGCAUAUUUUGGCAACAUCCCCAGACAUAGUCUUAAUAAAACUAUCUUUUAACUAUCUGCCUUCUCUUCAAAGCG